AUGGCGGCGACUACUGAGCUAGUGACUGUAGCGCUACUUUUCGUGCUACGAGGCGGGGCGCCUGCGCGGUUUCCUGAGCUGCUGCCCGUGCAUGGUUGGUGGUCAGGCACAGGUCGAGGAGAGCAGCGGGAGGGAGCAGAGGGGGAGACUGACGUGCAGGUUGUAUACCUUCCGGCGCUGUUGCCGCGCGAGGCGCAGUCUGCCACCAACCGUCCGUACGAUGACGUUCCUCUUCCAUACAGUUUUGACGCUUUUGGACGGAGUUUCGAGUUGCAGCUUGUGCCAAAUCGCCGGCUUUUGUCUCCAGAAUUCCGCGUAUGGUCGGAGCGUGGACAGGAGACCCCGUUAUCGUCUGUGGACGUUUCUUGCCAUUUCUUGCAUUCUGGGCCUGGUGCCGUGGCCGCCUUCUCUGCUUGCAGGGACCAUGCUCUCCAUGGAUUGAUUGUCGUAGACAACUCUACCUAUGAAGUCCGUCCGCUGCCCCUCGGGACAGGUCGCGCUGAGAGUGGCGGCGAUCGAACAGCUCACGUAAUACGUCGAGCUCCACCCCCACCAGCCCCUUUGGAUGACGCUCGUCCUCUCCGUCCACGCGUUCGUCGUCCAAGAAAAUCCUUCUCGAAGUUCAAGCCAAUUAAACCUGGUCCUUCAAGUUACACCAUCGAGAUAGCGCUUUUCUUGGACGAGGCUGCUUACAAGAUAUUCCACCCGUUCUUCAAUUACAAUGAAGCUGAUUUGCGGGAUAUGCUUUUGGCAUAUAUUAAUGGUGUGCAAGCACUCUACCAACAUUCUUCUUUGGGCACCCGUAUCCAACUCUCUCUGGUACGACUGACGUUUCUACGAGCUCAGCCUUCAACGUUGCCCCCUCACGCCGAGAGAGGCAAACUGUUGGACGCCUUUUGUGCCUACCAGCGCUCCCUCAACGUUGACGAUGACGAUGAUCCGCAGCAUUGGGAUAUGGCAUUAUUACUUUCUGGGUUGGAUUUCUACUCGGAAGAAGGCGGUCGUCGCAAUGGAGUCACGAUGGGCCUGGCUCCAGUCGGCGGAGUUUGUCUACCAGCGCAUGCGUGCGUGGUCUCCGAGUUUGGGACCACUGACGUGCUGGGCCGACCUUACCCCUCAGCUGGCUUCACUUCUGUUUACAUCCUCGCACACGAGAUUGGACAUAAUCUUGGCAUGCACCACGAUGGCACAGGGAACUCUUGCGCUCGUGAUGGGUUCAUAAUGUCGCCCUCUCGUGGUACCAACGGUGAAGCUACAUGGUCAAUGUGCAGCGCACGCGUUGUAGCUGAUUUACACUGGGCAACAUGCUUAUUGGACAGUGGUGAAGACCUAGAUACACCAAACGAGUUGAAGCAUGAACGAUUCGGAGGAGCACCUGGUUUUGUUUGGGGAGCUAAGAAACAAUGUGAGAUUCUUCUCCGCGACGUCGAUGCAGCACCGUCUCCGGGCGGACCAACUACAGCGCACUGUGCCCAGCUUGCCUGCCGUUCCCCACACCGCGCGGGCUUUUACUACGCAGGCCCUGCUCUGCCCGGCACACCCUGUGGACACCACAUGUGGUGUCAAGGCGGAGAAUGCGUGCCUUCGUCAGAGUUGGCUGAAUUGAGCACAAAGCUACCAGCUACCGGGAAUGAUGGCCACAACGGAGAACAUAAUUAUGGAGACAACAACAGUGGAGGCAAUAGUAAUGGCGCAGGCAAUGCAGGUUGGAACGUGUGGAGUUCAGGAUCUUGUCGAUCGGGUUGUACUAAUCGAGCAAGGGGAUUCCGUGAACGACGGCGGUCUUGCCCAACUACUGCAGUUUGUCAAGGAGCCGCUUACGAUGUCGUUCUCUGUGACGAUACUAAGGUUUGCGGCAAGAAAACAAGGGUCUCUGCCAGUGAGUUCGCUUCUCGAAAGUGUUCCGCGUAUGCAAGUAUGGUGCCCGAGCUAGACUCUCGUGGUGGAGGACUUCAGGCACCACACGACCCUACUCGUAUGUGGAUGGGCUGCGCGAUAUUCUGCCGACGAACUUCCGGAGGUGGGUUCUACGCUCCUCGCGUGGAAUUGAACGACGCUGGCCUCGAUCCGUAUUUCCCUGAUGGUACAUGGUGCCACCACGAUGGUACACAGGAUUACUACUGUCUACAGCAUCAUUGUUUGCCAGAGAACUUCAAAAUGACAACCCAAUACCACAUCUGGGAGCUACCAUCACAAGACAUCGGCGGUCCGUUCAAUGCUCGUGCCAUGUCUUCGCAAGGCGACGCAGAAGCUGCUGCAGCUAUGAGAUCAUACCUCUCUUUAAAUGAUGCUGGUAUUCCAUUGACUAGAGCCGCCUUCCCGCCCAAUAUGAUCAAAGAGCCGGAGUCUAACUGGGAAGUUACUGACUACGUUGAAGUUCCAACGUUGAAAGAAGAUAUUUCUGUUAUUUCAUGAUAUCAGUAAAGACUUUAAAUUUUGGUGUGUGAAGAAAUGUUAUCAGUGUGGUGAUAAUAAUGGUUCUUUUUCGGGAAAAAUCAGAAAUUUUAGCAGUGUGGUUGAUUAUGGGGAAAAAGUCAUAAAGCUAGUUAUCAAAUCGACUAAUGCUUGUGAUGUUUAGUUGUCUCAAACAACAAAUUAAUCGAAAUUGUGUCAUUAAUGUCUUGUACGUAGGUAUCUACUAAACUCCUAACGUUCGUUAAUGUAAUAUAAAACCUAUGAAUUACUGUAAUGUAAUGCAAAUCUCCGACGGGUAUUGUCUGUCAAUCGAAAUUAAUCAAGUUUUUAAUCCAAGAACGUUGUAAUCACUGAUAUUAGAGACAUAGUUAAAACUUCUUUAUUUAAGAGAUAAAAUAAUAUUCCGUUUCACUUUUAAAACAAAUCAUAAUAUAUUCCAUAAGUCUAUUUAAAAUUCCAUUAUACGUAGGUAUUACGUUAAAUAAUAUUAUAAAGUUCUGACCCUUUCUUAUUUGAAUUACAUAAAUCAUAUAAGUCGUACAUAACAAUGAAUUAACUCUCGCUAAGAGUACUGUGUACUUUUGCGCAUUAUAAGGUAGCCUUGUUAUUGUUACGCAUAUUAUAAGUUAAAUUAUCUUGCCAGGUUACAAGUAUUAUUGUAAAUUUAAAUUGUUCGCGCAAAAUAAGUUCAUUCAAGUUAUCGGACAAUAAUUAGCUCGGAAUUUGAAAUUAUUGUGUAAUUAGUUAAUUAAAAGUAGAUUAUAGGUUUUGUUAUUUUUAAGUCUUCUUAGUGAAGAAAUUGCCUGUAGAUGCAUUUAAUAGAUAUUAAGUUUUUAAAAUAUGAGUGUAUCGCGA